UUACGUGCAGUUUCUGCCCUGUACACCCUGGGCAGAUAUGAGGAAAAGACUGCUUCUACUGAAAACCAAAUGUGUGGGUUUGUCCCUGUGGCCCCAAUCCUGCAAACACUUAGGUGCAUGCUUAAUUUAAAGUAUCUGAGUAGCCCUAUUGAUUUUAAUGGGGUUACUCAGAUAAGUAAAAUAAAACACAUUGUUUCCUUGGCUCCCCAAUCUGUAUCUGUAUCCUCCAGUUGUCUCCUCUCUUAUAAUUAAAUUGUAAGUUCUUUGGGGAUGGGACUGUCCUUUUGUUCUGUGUUUUGUACAACUCCCAGCACAACGGGUCCUGGUCCCAUGACUGCGGCUCCUAGAUACCAGGGCAAUAAUAAUAUGUAAGGGUUUGCAGAAUCAGGACCUAUUGAUGAUAAAUGAGGUAGAAUGAAAUACAGCUCUUGCUUCUGCACUUCCGUUAGCUCUGCAUUAUGGACAGUAGUAAAGAUUUGGGAGUGUGUAAUGCCAUCAUUUUUAAGCCGAACUUUCUAUUCUCCUCAGUAUGGUGUUCUGCUUAAAAAGUCAUGGCACAAUAUGGCCUUUGCUUCAAUUCAAUAGGUGACACUGAGCAAUAACUAAGUACUUGUCUACACUUCAGAUGCUGUGUUGCUGUAGCGCUUCAGUGUAAACACUACCCAGGCCAGUGGAAGCAGUUUUCUUAUCAGUGAAGUAAAAGCGAAUAGCAGUUUUCCAUCAUGGAGCUUGUAGGCUCUACUUUAACGGCAACUUAUGCCCACCCAAGACCAACACCAACUAACUUCCUACCAGCUAUCAGCACCAUGGCAUCGAGCUAUAAGAACCGUUUCCCUCACUACUCUUUGACCCAUAGCUUGAGCCUUCCAUGGCGACCCAGCACUUAUUAUAAAGUAGCAGCCAUCACUCCUACUUUGGCUCCCUUCUCCAAAAGCUCCCAAGGGCUAACCCAAAGCAAGAUGCUUCCCUUUGUUUCCAAUAGAACAGCGCUUUUCACUAGGUAUACCCCUGAUGACUGGUACAGAUCCAACCUGACCAAUUACAAAGAGUCAGAGACAUCCCGGCACAGCGCAGAGAGGCUAAGAGUGGACACAUCCCGCAUGAUCCAGGACAAAAAUCAGCAAACAAGGAAAACCCAAACAGACACUACCAAAAAUCUGGGAGAACGGGUCAAUGAUAUAGCAUUUUGGAAAUCAGAGCUCAAUCACGAGAUAGAUGAGAUGAUUGGGGAGACCAAUGCUCUUACAGACAUGAAGAAACGAUUGGAAAGGGCCUUGGCUGAAACAGAAGGUCCCCUCCAGGUAGCCCAAGAGUGCUUACUUCAUCGAGAGAAGAGGAUGGGAAUCGACCUAGUCCAUGAUGAUGUGGAAAAACAGCUGUUGACAGAAGUUGACGUCAUCAAGUCGUGUCAGGAGAGGAUGAAACGCCACCUGGAUAAGGCGAUAGCCCAGCUUGCAUCCGACAGGGCAGCCCAGCACGAGCUGGAGAAAGACCUCAGUGAUAAGCAAACAGCUCACCGUAUCGAUGACAAGUGUCACCAUCUAAGGAACACUUCUGAUGGCAUCAGUUACUACAGAGGAGUGGAACGGGUUGAUGCAACGAUCUCUGUGCCAGAGUCCUGGGCCAAGUUUACAGAUGAUAAUAUUCUACGCUCCCAGAGUGAACGAGCUGCCUCCUCCAAACUGAGGGAUGAUAUUGAAAACUUGCUGGUUGUGACUGCAAAUGAGAUGUGGAACCAGUUCAACAGAGGGAACGUCGCGUUCACUAAUCGCAUCUCUGAGACAGCGGAUGCCAAAAAUAAGAUCCAGACACAUCUGGCUAAGACGCUACAAGAAAUCUUCCAAACAGAGAUGACGAUAGCAGCCAUUCGAAAAGCUAUCAGAGACAAAGGGCCACCAUUAAAGGUGGCCCAUACCCGCCUGGACGAGCGCACACGGCGGCCAAACAUGGAGCUGUGUCGGGAUUCCCCCCAGUUACGCCUGGUUAAUGAAGUCCAUGAAAUUGAUGACACUAUUCAGAGCCUUCAGCAGAGGCUGAGGGAUGCAGAGGACACCUUGCAGAUGUUGGUCCACACCAAAUCUAAUCUGGAGCAUGACCUGGCUGUCAAAGCCAACUCCCUGUUCAUUGAUCAGGAGAAGUGCAUGGGGAUGCGUAAGACCUUCCCCAACACUCUUAGGUUGGUGGGGUAUGCAUAGGCCAAUAUAGCCCUGAAGCUUCCCCUGCUCUGAUUAAUGAAAGCACAUAUAUAGGGGGUUUCCUCGGUGGCACUAUGGUGUUUUAAUAAUAUAGGGUUAUAUUUUUCAUGUAUUAAAGGAUGCACUAAUAAGAAUUAAAUUAUCACUUUCUGUGUUA